UCAACUGCCAAAACAAACAAACUAUAUUUUCUCAUCUCUGUCUCUCUUACCAAAUGACUUAAACCAGCAGCAGACACACACACAGCUUUCCAAAUUCCAAAGCUUUUUCUCCUUUUCCGGUCAUCUCUCUCACUAAUCUCCUCCUUUUCAAACCCUCGAAAACAACCAACUUUUUCCACCGCAAUUUCAAUUCUCAACCUUCAAUUAAUUCCACUCUAAAAUGAAAGAAAAAGGGUUCUUUAUAAGCUAAAUUUUUAAUCUUUGUUACUCAAAAAUGGUGGAACAGUAUAAUGCAUGGCCACCCAUGUCAUCUGAGCUGCUAAAUUUUGAAAGAAAUGAGCACUGGAAAGACCAGCACUAUGAUAAUUCAGUUAAUGCAGUUUCAUUUGGGUUUGUAGCUACUGCUAUUCUUAUUUCUAUGUUCUUGGUCAUGGCUAUUUUUGAAAGGUUUCUUAGGCCCACUUCUUCUGGUAGAAACCAUGGUGAUAUUGAGGCUCAGUUGGGGUUUAAUGCUAAACUUGGCCACCCAUCUCCUAAAAUGACUGUAUACGCCAAUGGAGUUUCAGUACUGAUGCCUGGAGAUAAUAUUCCUACAUUCAUAGCGCAUCCAGCACCCGUUCCAUGUCCGCCCGAACGCAUUUGCUGCCCCCACCAUCCUCAUCUUGAUUCAUUUUCGAACCCCACAACCACCGCCAAUCCAAACACGAACUCGAGCUCAAAUCCAGGUCAAGAAAACUAAGCAUCACAACAACAGUUUGUGGUACAGAAGCAACAUGUUUUUCUUGGAAUGCAAGUUUUUUUAUAUUAUGUAUAUAUUGUACUAGGUUCUUUUUUAUGGGUUGGAUGGCUUAAGCAUGGAGUCAUUUUCAAGAGCAGGCUAAAGUUUCCACCCAGAUGCAUCUUGCUUCAUAUUUGCAUGAUUUUCAUGUUGAAAAUUUUCUAGAUAGGAUUUUGAAUAUUUCAAAAUGGAUUAUUUUGGCCGUCAAAAUAGAUCAAUCCGCUUGUAAGAAAUUGAGGGAUGUAAUUAUAAUCAAUUAUGGGAGAAAAAUUGCAUCUCACUUGUGUUGGCUAAAGUUUUUCUA